GGAUUGCACCUCUCUUCCCAAAGCCUGACAGCAAACAGCUGAACACCUCUAGUUUCAUGCAUGUAAAGAUUAAAAAAAAAGUAGCCGUGCUUACUCAGCAGAUUAUAAAGAGCUAUUUAGAAAAUGCACCUUUCUUCCUGACCAGCUCGUGCCUUUGUAUAUAUAUGACCAAAGGUCCCAGCUUAUCAUUUCUUUUCCUGCACAACCAGGAGGUUUCCAGCAGCAGCAACAGCAGCCACGGGCAGUACAAUACUCAGGAAGGUUCCCAGAAGGAUGGCCUCCCUCCUGGAGCUGAAGGAAAUCUUCCGCAAUGCCGAUGCAGUGUGCUUUGAUGUGGAUAGUACAGUCAUCAAGGAAGAAGGAAUUGAUGAGCUGGCAAAGUUCUGUGGAGUUGGGGAUGCUGUGGCAGAAAUGACACGGAGAGCUAUGGGAGGCUCUGUGACAUUCAAAGCUGCUUUAACGGCUCGACUAGGACUUAUACGUCCCUCCUGCGAGCAAGUGCAAAAACUAAUUUCAGAACAUCCUCCUCAGCUCACACCAGGGAUAAGGGAGCUGGUAAGCAGGCUUCAUCAGCGAGGCAUCCAAGUCUUCUUAAUAUCCGGAGGUUUUCAGAGCAUUGUGGAGCAUGUCGCUUUACAGGUGAACAUUCCAACAGCAAACGUGUUUGCCAAUAGGCUGAAGUUUUACUUUAAUGGAGAAUAUGCAGGGUUUGAUGAGACACAACCAACAGCUGAAUCAGGUGGAAAAGGAAAGGUUAUCAGUCAUCUGAAGGAAGAGUUUCACUUUAAGAAGGUAGUUAUGAUUGGAGAUGGAGCUACAGACAUGGAGGCAUGUCCCCCUGCGGACGGCUUCAUUGGAUUUGGAGGAAAUGUAAUCAGGAAACAAGUAAAGGAGAAAGCCAAAUGGUACAUCACUCACUUUGACGAACUGCUUAAAGAACUGGAAGAACGAUAAGUUAUACAGUAACAUAGUAUUUUUAUUAACAAUUAUAGUAGAUCAAUAUAUACAAUGCAAUUAAACAUAUUUUUGUUUG